CAUACAUUAAAUGAACGGAGCGCUCGUUUUAUCCGCGGCACUGAGUUAGAAUUGUCAUUCUUCCUCCAUUUAUAUUUUCAGGUCCUGUUCUUAUGGGUAUAAAGUGUUAAAUUCAGCCAUCUGGUCGCAAAGAGGCAACUGCAGUUUGUUUAACAAAUCAGUAUAAUUCAUUAAACCUUUCAUGACUGAUCUGAUUUUCUGGUCAACUAAACGGCGACUCGCGCGAUGGAUUUUCUGUCAGAUUAAUCUUUCUCUGACAACGACACAGUUCUGGUAAGUACUAACAGUAUACUAUGAAAUUAAAUAGUAUGUUACACGUAAAAAUUUAUAAGAAACUUCGUUUAUUUGUGCAUUCAGGCGAGCUGGAGACACCAAGGGCAAACUAACAGGAAUUCUAGCUUUGAACACGGAAGCCCCAACAAGGGCAACUGUUUGGAGAAGCAAAUGUUGCCUAGGGUUUUCUGUGGCUUGAGGAGGGCUAAAAAUUUCCGAAUGACCUUUCCAUUGCUGUUAAAUUCGCUGCGAUUUUCUGAAGUUUAAGUUUUCAUAUUUCAUUCCCCAGUCUGGGGUGCAAGCUGAAUAAUUGAAUCACGGUUACCCAUUAUUAUAACAUAGCUACAAAAUUCGCCUAAUCAAAUUCAAUAGCGCGAGCGUGCUUCAUAUUCCUAUUGAGCACGCUGAUGACGUCAAUCAACUAUUCGUAAUUCCUCGAGUUGUUGUGAAUUUAGCAAUCCUGAGGGAGUCUCCUGAGUGCAUCCAUAACUCAGCAGUACACGAUGAAGCGUUUACCAUGUGUUUUAUAAGAAAAUUUAAAAGGAAACGUUUGAAUUUGUUAACCGAUAGUAAGGAAAAGAGGUGAGUGUUGUUGUUGUUGUUGUCAUCUCCGCGAGCAGUGCGGGCUAUGGCGUGAGAUCAUUGUUUGCAAAGUUGCCUUCUCUCAAUAACAAUUUUUCGGUAAAUUAACAGUUUUCCGGCACCUAAAUAUGGAUUUUACAAUCAUUUUAGAGUACACUUUCUCUCAGUUUCAGGAUAAAAACAUAAGAUUUACUGAGAGGGAAAAAAUUAUAGUCACGUAAACAUUGACGCGUACUGCUUUGAGCGCGCUCUACAAUAAUAAAAUUUUAAGUUAACUGCUGCAUUGAUCGCUUUGAUAUCAAAGAGAAAACAAUUAGUUCAUGCUGCAGCUGUGCGUGUGUCGAGUUAUUGAGCACUUGGGAAGUUUGAGAGCAUUCAAGAGGCUAGAGUUGCACUCGGUUGCGCCUCGUGCAACUCUUACGCCUCUUUCGUGCUCUCCAAACUUCCCGCGUGCUCAAUAUCUCGACAUACGCACGCUGUAGCAUGAACUAAUUGUUAAUUCUUUGCUCUUUUCUCCCGAUUAUUCAUUAUUCAUUUCAAAUUUUUCCUUGAUAUUCAUUAUUCAUUUUUCAGUAUUUAUAUCAAUUUUCCUUCUCAAAUUCCCUUUCUGUGAAUUAUAAAAAAUUAUAAAACUGUGAUACUAAGAAACUUUUGGCUCUAUCACAAAGGAAGAGAAUCGUACUGAAAAAACGAGGUAGAAACCUUGAGAUUAAACAAUAUAUGGAAUAUAUAUAUUUUAACCGGAAAUUUUCUACAAUUCUAUACAUUGGUUAUCAAAAGUUUACAUCAUCAGUAUACAUUCAACCUUAUCUUUACUAGUACCCCUCUGUUUUUUCUACACAUGUGGUCAAAAUAAUGUAAAAAGAACUAAAAACCAAAACUAACAAAUAAACUAUAACUGAAACGAACACUAAAUUUUGUGCAAUAAAUCCUAAUGUAAUCGACUUAGUUCAAAAGUCAGGCAGAAUAGGCUGGUUGCUUGCAUGGGACCUGCUAGUACUGCCACACCUACCAGGUUACUACCGGUCGGAUUUUUCGCACCUGUCUAAUGGCAGGUCCAGGUUUCAUUGGAACCUUGACGCUGAGACAUAAAUUAAUUUCCAAAUCGUCCAAUCGCCAAUGUAGAAAUCCUCUGUCGAACAUUACAAUGGUAGGUUCUAAGAUUGCAACUUUUUAGACAAUUGCAUCUCAGUAUGACUAAAGUAAUAGAAUCCAAUAUGUUGAUUAUUAGAGGACACUGGCUUCUAUUUAUAGUUUCAUCUUAAGCCUCUAUCAACAUUUGUUCAACCAUUCGCUAACCAUUAAUGAGAGCCAAUGUUGAGACCGUGUGACAAUACCACUCUAAAAUUGUUUCAGGUUUCUGUUAAACCAGUUUAAACAUUGUCUCAACUUCAUAUCAGUGCUGUAGUGUGGGAAUGGAAGUAACAUAAUUGUCACGACUUUGUUUAAACCUUUUACAGGAACUGUUGGAAAAUCUUUCCACCAAAAAGCAAGAGUUUGGAAAUAUGACCAAAGUAAUUCUGAUUACUGAAAUGGUACUUGAGGGCUGGAAACUCCAACGAGUUGUAAAGUUGUAAAAAUCAACAUUUAUGGUACGAGCAUAAUACAAUAGGCAUGGCUACAUUGUGAACUGGAGCCCACAGGUUCGAUUCUGUCAGUUCCCUCUAGGGAAGUUUGUAACGAUUUCAAACCAGUUUUGGCCAGUGGUGAUCUCAAAACGAAGACGAUCCACAAUAGGGUAUGGUAUUUUUGAUGAGAGUGGUAUACAAAUUUAUUUUAUCUAGAUGUAGACCACAAAUGGUUUAUUUCGGGUUUGCGCGUUGUUUUGCUUCACUGGUUUCGCCGGAUUCCUAUGUUUUAUGAUGGGCGGAUAAGUUAAACUUAUUUCUUUUCGUCUUCCGCUUUUUAUGAGAUCAUUUAACAGCUAUGAGUUGUUCAUUAAUCCUAGGCUAGACAGUGUUAUUCAUAAUUCGGAUUUUCUGACUCCAAAUAUUCAUUAUUCAUUUUCGUUUAAACCCCAUUUUUCAUUAUUCAUUUUCAGUUUCCACCCCCGAACCCCAGGUUAGGCUAUUUUUAACAUUUUACUUAAAAGUGAAUUUUUUUUUAUUCCUCUCUCCAUCACAUUUUUGAAUCCAAAAUUUUAAUUAUUUUUUUUCUGUCAUCGCGGGCGGCGGCAGUUUUGCAUCACCCAAGUAGCGCAGCUGAUGAAGUACCCCCUCUGCUAAGCAAGUGGACGCUGGUUUGAACCUGCCCAGCAGAGCACUAACUGACUAAGAUCUUUCCCGGUCUUUCCCGUUUUAACUGCAGCAGAACUAGGUCAGUCGGUAGAUGGUCCAUUAUUGCAGUCUGAGUCACUGAGAAAUGAAGGUAUUCCCUUUGCCCUGCAAACGCCAGACCUUUGUGUGGCUGGAUUGUCCGUGUAACACGGCGCCAAGUUAGUGUCCCUGCUCAGUUAGUAUUUUUUCGUGCUAUGUACAUGAACACUCAAAAGUGCCUUUUUAAUAGUAGGAGGAGGUGUAAGAGCCCUCACCAGUGUUGCUCGAAAAAAUGGAGGAAGUAUUUAAACUUUCAAAAAGUGAGCCCCAUUUCGAUUAGGAUGGGACCGAGUGUUCCGCCUAAUCUGGAAUGUUAACUUUGAAAUUUCGAAUUCAAGGAGCAAAAUCCAUCAAACCCUGUGAAUUUUUUCUUGCCUCUAUCAGACAAAUUUUGUUAGAGAAGAUAUGUUAGUCACCGAGAAAAUAUUUCGCCAAACAGCUCGUAAACAAAAUUCCCUGGAGUUGCUUUAGGCAUGCAAUAAUCAGGAUGAGAAGAGUCGAUCGCUUGAUACUCGCUCAUGAUGCAAGAAACCUCCAUGUCUUUUUUUUUAUUUGGAAUGAAGGAAUUUAUGAUUUUGCAUUUCCUAGCUGGGAUAAUUGUUAGUAGCCACUUUUCUGACUCGCUUUAUCAUUGGCUACUAUUAAGAAGUUUUGAAAUUUUACUUGGUAAAAACUGACAGGUUGAAUUACACUGCUCUCUACAUAAAUUUAAGAAAGCAGUUGUUUCUCAUAUUUCAGAAUCAAAAUGGGAUUGACAAACAAACGCUUGACGAUGAAUUAUGUUUAUGGUUUUAAUAAUGAAGGCACAAGAUAUCUUAUGCAAGAAAUUCCAAGCAAAAUUUAGAACACAACCCGCAUUCAACGAUCUAUCAAAGCGGUUUCAUAUUUUGAGAACUUAGAUAUCCAAACUUAUCAAAAAAAUUUAAGAAGCAAGUUUCCUAAAAAUAGAAGCAAGAUCGAGAUCCGUCUUGUCAUUUUCUUAACUCUGUUAUUACUUCCUUGUACAACAGGUGACUGCUGCGAAGUUGGGGCCCUGAACAACUCCACCUGUUGACGGCAUUGGACUCCUCCAUUUCACUUGACGAACGUUCUCUACAUAAUCAGGUGGUGUACUUGUGUUUUUCUUGAUAUCUCUUAGUCCCUGCAAAAAUAUUCUGCUUGAGAUUUUUGGUUUUGAAACUUUCCUUUUCUAUUCCAGAGAUCUGUGGAUUAAAUGAUAAAAGGCGCAAACUUUGUUUUCUUUUAAAAGAGGAUAAAACAUUAUAUAUUAUGUUGAAAUGAUGAUGUGAAAUUCACCGAUCAGUUGGGGAGACAUACUUUCACGACAAAUGUCAAUCUUAUAGGUUAAAGAUUUUCUCAAAUUAGGAAAUUGGUGGACAAAAACUGUCCAAACAAUUCCUAUUUUGUAUAACGGGCGUAACAAAAAAUUUUGUUUGUUGUAGAUAUAAAAAACAGUUCACAGCAAGUAAAAGGAAAUCUUCAGUGCUCGCGUGAUGAGCACUGUAAAGGUGAUUCAGCAUUUUCACAUGACAUCAUGGCAGCCAUAUUGGUGUUCUAGAACACACUGGAAUGGCGGCCAUGUUUGUGUUCCAAACCAAUACUGUGGGAGUUGAACUCUUUUCUUAUGUAAACACUUUCUUUUGUUGCAAUUAAUUUGCAUAGCGGCUGGGCAAGUGAGUGAAAACUGCUCUAUUGACAACUGGUCUGCAAGAAUAUAAACUUCUUCACCAACUGUCACUGGGUCUUACUGAAAUCUGUAAAUGUUCUUUUCUUUUUAUUUUUCCCCACGACCUUGCCUAGGAUUUCAUGCAGUUCAAUUUUGAAACUGUAUUUGCAGUAGCCACUGUUUCUAACCAUAUCAAAGCAUAAUGUCCAGUUUGUAACACCAAAGUCUAAACACAAAAGCUGCAAGGAGACCCCCCACAGACAAGGAAAAAUUAUCGCUGUUGUGGCUUCAUGAAAAACUUGGUUUUGCAAUCGUCAAUUUGAAUAGCUUCGCCUGACGAUUAACUAACUUUUUCCUUGCGUCGCAGUAAUGGUCGAAAGGCUGUACAUGACUUUUGCUGCGAUUUGCAUAUUGACUGUCACUGUGGGAUGGGUACCCUGAAAUUACUGUGCACUUAAAAUGCAAUAACAUGGCGUCAUUUGUUGAAGCAAAAUAUCACACUGUAGCAACCAUACAGGAACCCAUAAUCUGUAGCGAGCAAUUUCCAUGCGCUUGUGUCAUGGCGUUUUCACGGACCAGUUUAUUUUUAGAAUGCUUGUGGCGUGAAUUUUUAAUAUCUGGUAAAUUCCACAAACCAGUCAGCAAAACCUACAGACCUAGGAAUGAUAUUUUUUGCCUUUUAAUAACAUUUAGUUUUCCUUUUUAAUAUCUUAUACUUUAAAUGGGCUCAUAGACUUGUUGGAGAUUUUAUUUUUGCAGGAAAAAGUGCCCUAAAAUGUGUCUAGAUUUAAACUGGUCCCUAAAAACGCCGUGACAUAGGCCUAGUAUGGAAAUUGCUUGCUCCGGGUUAUGGGCUCCUGCUUAUUAUAAAAAUCCUUUGCUUCUCACCUUAGAUCUGAGUCACAAUGCCCAAUGUACACUUGUUCAUCUCACUCUUGUUUGUGACAACUAUAUCUCAUGCUGGUAAGUCAUAUUCCAACUUGUUAUAACCCUUGUUCACGUCCCCCCCGCCCGCCCCCCCGCUUGCGAAAAAAGAAAAAAGAAGGAAUUUGCAUAACAUUGUUCAGAGCGUUUACACAUGACGUCACGGCGGCCAUGUUGGUGUUCCAAACCAAUCCAGUGGUAGUUGAACGCUUUCUUUUGUUCCAAUAAUUUUGCAUUGAUACUAACCAUGUGAACGAAAAGGCUUUAUCAUAGAUCAUAGUCGUCCCAAGAGAAAUUGAAGGCAAUGCCUAUGUUUUAUGAUGGGGAAUGUGAAAAUGGUGAAUUCUUUGCAUUCUUUAUUCGAUUUUGCAUCCGAACUUCAUAUAUGAUCAGUAUGAUUUCACUCAUGUUACAAAUUGCCAUUUUGUUCUCACUUUGGUGUAACAAUUCCAGAUUUGUACAAGCCCUGUAAUUACUGUGACUUCUGUAACUGGGUCCACUUAGAGAAAGUUGACCAAUCGCAUUACAUGAAAAUAACAAUGUAUUCCGAGAAAAUUGGUUGUGGGCCAAUCACCAGCUGGUAAAAAAGAAACAAACAAUAAGUCACUCGAAAUAAAUGAUAUAUUAUUAUUAUAAUUAUUUACUUAUAUAGCACUAUAUCGAUGAAAAUAAUGCCCUAUAGUGCUUCACAGAGAUAAAACCUGCCUUACAAUAUACAAUGGCUUACAAUUAGACUCUAUCUAGAUGUUAAAAAGGCCAGAAAGAACAAAAUUUACAACUAGUAUUAUUAAAAACUAUAACCUAGAACUAAGAAAAGGCUAGUAAAAACAAAAAUUUACAACUGCUUAGAAAUAAUUAAAAAUUUAAAUCUAGAAAAGGUGAAUAAAAAACGGAUGUGUGGUAGACUACCGGUUGCCGGGAAGAAAAGAGGUUUUUCAAUGUGUUCUAUCUGGUGUUGUUUAUGAAACCGACUAGUACCCAUCCCUUCUCGAUUUGAAACAAGGAAAUCGCAGAAAUUUAACGUUAGAGACAAAGAUCACUUUACUAAUUUUAAUUUGUUCAUUUUUGUAUAGCUUUACAUUGCCCUCAUGGUUGGACUGAGUUUCAACGUUCUUGCUACAAGGUGAUGCCGCAAACUGAAAAUUCCAAGAUAUUCGGCGGUUGGUUAAAAGCGUCGCGCGCGUGUAUGGGGUAUGGAGGUUAUCUUGUUAGCAUGACAAGUGAAACGGAAAAGGAAUUUGUAAAAAAUCUGUCGUCGUCGGAUUUAAAAAGCCCGCAAUCUGCUUGGAUUGGGUUGGUUCAUCGACUGCCGAAGGGUAUAUACUCAUGGAUCGAUGGAAGUUCUUUUAAUCAUUCUUUAUCCGUCGAGUGGAUUGGAAACACAACAAGUAAGCUUAAUGGCAAUGAGAUCAAAUGUGUGGAACUAUUGAGAGAUGGCUGGAACCUUACUGAAUGUUGCAAGAAGACCGAGUACUACAUCUGUGAAAGACCGAAAGGUGAGUUGCUUCUAAAUACGUAAAGAAAGUAACCAGGCCUAUAUACGAGGGACAACAAUGCCUAGAAAUAUUUGCCAAAAGGAUUUGAUAAAGCCAAAUUAAUUGCUCCUUUACAAUAAUGAAUUCGUUGAUGUUUGCAAAAAUCCUUAUUAAUGCAACUUUUGUAAAGUUUUUUUUAUUAAACAAAUUUCGCGUUCAUAUGCUUUUGUAAUGCUGAAGUAUUUGAUCUAAUUUUUUCGCCAAUGCGAAACACUUUUCUACCGUGCUGGAUAAAAACGUUUCAACAUGUUCACAUAGAGCCUGAGCUAUUGCUCUGGUUGCCUGAAUUUCAGCCGUGUUCUCGAGUUGCAAACUCCCGAAAGAGAUCCUUCUCCCUGUCUCGAACCCUGCUGCCUCUCUCCUCCGUAAAGGCUCCCGCUGGGUAUCCCUAUAAAAUACAAAAAAUAGAAAGCGCGUGGAAACGAUGGGCCCGGGGGAGGGGGGGGACUCCGCCUAUGAAAUGGGUGGGGAUGCUCGUCGUCUCGCUCAAGGGUGUAAAUUUCGGAUUUUGGUCUCACUUAGGGUGUUCUGGGUAAAACGCAAUCAUAUUUAGCCGUGAAGGUCUCGAUUAGGGUUGCACGCGAAAAAAUAUAAAAAUAUAUAUUUGAUAUGUAUAUUUUUUUCGUCUCUUUUAGGGGUCAAAAAACGCUUGGGCCACGCCCAGAUCGGUCUCCUUUAGGGGUUUAAUUCAAAAUUUCCGACGAGCAUCCCCACCCCUUUCAUAUGCGGAGUUCCCCCCGCCCCCGGGUCGAUGGGAUGGGUGCGCGCUUUCUUUUUCUUUCUCCCCAGCCUCUCCCCAGCCUCCCCACAACACAAAGAGGCCCCUACGGGGAAGAGAGCCAAGCCUGAGUAUCAGGCGUUUCUGGGGAAAAGGGGAAAGAUCUAAAAUCUUCUCUCCCCUAGCCCCUUAGGAAGGCCUGAUACUCAGACUAGAGAGAGCCCUGCUGCCAAGGGAGACUUGAGAAAACGGCUGAAAUUCGUGCAGGCUCUGACGCCAGUUGUUCUCUAUCCGAUGGAUAGUGUGACUGGUUGAGUUAUCGACUGCAUAGUUAAAGAUUUUAUUAGGAAUAGAAAGAUAAGGAUCUAUGAGAAAGAUGUUUUUUCAUUCGUAGCAAAGGCAGCUCAAGAGAAAAAACUCUGAGUAGUCCAAAAUGCUGUAGAACGUAUGAGCUUCUGGUUGCUAGUACAGAUGCUCUAACACUGAGCUACAGGAUACUUGUGAGUGCUAAGGCCACUAAACUAGGGUCAUGUGACAAACCAGGGGCACUUAGCGAAUGUUUUCUGCAAAAUAUCUCCUUCGGAGAAGCAAAUAUUGCCUAAAAUUUUCUGUUACUUGGGGACGGCUAAAAAUUUCUAGUUGAAUGUUCCAUUCAUGUACAAUUUUCUAAGCUUGUCCAAUAAAUUCCCUAAAAUCUUCUGACGUUAAAUUUUUCACAUUUCACUCCCCAGGCUAGGCUAUUUUUUAUAGAAAAAAACCCUACAAUUUCGGAUCCAAAAUGUGAUGGGGAGGGUAAUCAGAAAAAUUAUAACUCUCGUUAUACGUUAAAUCGCUUUUAAAAUUUUCGGGAAAAUAACAUACUGAAGCCCUUGUAAUUUGGAAAGAUUCACGUUCCCCUGGGAUGAUCGAAAAGAUAAAAAUUUUUACAGCGCCGCUUUGGAAUGCACUUAUAAAGGUCUAAAAGUGCUCUGGAUAGCCAAAAAGUGUUGUCAACCUAUUUAGGAAACCGUCGUUGGGUGCCCCUGACAAACAUCCUGCAUACUUCAAGGACUGUAAUCUCGAUAUGUGCUUAUACGUAAUGAUGGAGAUGUGACGGUGAAUUUUAAGCCUGGUGAAUACAUGAGAAAGAUAUUUUUCAGUCACUAGGGGACACAGGCGGCUCUGAAAAUUAAACGACAUUCAUUUGAAACUGUUAUAUUUAAUUUGUCCUAUCCAUUAGGUCCACUGAGUUGCCCGCCUGAUCAUUAUGAAGGACAUCUGAAUGGAUUAUCCUGCUACUAUAAGCACAGCACUUUAAAAACGUGGGAAGACGCAAAAAAGGACUGCACUGCUUCUGGAAGCAAUUUGGUGAAAAUAAAUAGUACUGUAAACAAAACUGACACGGGAUUCCUGACCCGCCUAUUGGACACUAUUAAUUUCAAAGAGGUAGCUGAAUUAAGUAAAAGUGACCAAAAAACAGGUAGCACUAUGAAAUAAAUAUGGAUAUAAAAAAAUAUAGUAUUUGUCAAUUACUGAAUAAAGCUGAGUAUGAUAACAACAAUUAUGCAGAUCGAGGAGGGCUAUGACCCUGAUUGAAUUCGUUGGUUUUUUCCUAUAUCUCUCAGAUAAACUUCUGCUGAUUAUGAGAACAUACACGGGAAAUUGAUCAGCCAAUCAGAAACGAUGUAUUUUGUAGAGGUACUAAAUGCCUCUAAAUCUUUACCUGUUAGCAUACCUUACUGAGAACCUAUACACGCAGAGGAUAGAGGGACGCCUUAUGACAUGUUAUAAUCAAUCACCGACUAACUAGCAUGAAUGUGGACUCAACCGCUGUUCAGUGAUAGAAACAGAUCCUAGACAAGCUUCGCAUGAUGUUCUAGGACUGCUCAUCCCUGUUAUCAGGCCUUAUUUUUUCCAAAGGUGCUUAGUGCUUAGUUAUUCACCUUUUGAAAAAUUAGAGCCAGCCAGGGGACAAUGAAACGUCGGUGGCUCAGGGGAAAGAAACGGAAAGAACUAUAGUUAGUACAUCAUCAUCAUCAUCAUCAUUAUCAUCAUCAUCGUCAUCAUCAUCAUCAUUAUUACUGAUAUCAUCCGUUAGUUGCUGUUUUGCUCUUUUAUUUUAAAGGACAUUUGGAUCGACCAAGGAAACAAAUCUAAACUAUGUGGCACAAUCUCGAAGACAGAUAAUAGAAAGACAGACCGUGACUGUGGCAAAAGUCAUGCUUAUCUUUGUGAAAAGCCCGUCCCAGGUGUGAUUUCAUUAUGGUGGCACACUUCCAUUUUAAGGCUACGAAGUAGCUUUAAUUUAAAACAAAUGAGGAAAGCAAGGUCUUCUUAUCAUUAUUUUCAUAUAAAAUUUCACCUCGGCUUUUUACCCCCGUCAAAAACAGCACAAAACCAACGGCAUCUCAGACCCUGCUCGGAUAAAAAGAAGAAAAAACGUUUCUGUUGCCUAUGCUUCUUAUUAUGAAAAUUCCUUUCAAACAAUCAGUAAGAUUGGUAUCUGAGGGUACUUGCUAAAAUGGCCUAUAUGGGGAGGUUCCGCCAGAAAGAGGUGCCUUUUUCAGGCUUCAGGUAUAUUAAAGGGUAGGGGUUACUCUUGUUAAAGUAUAUAAAAGUCAUUGCGGUCCCAGGCGCAUUUUAUGGCUGUGAAAAACACAAGAAAACUGUCCGAUUUAGCGACUUGUUCAUAGCUUAAAGCAGGGCUCCUGCUUAAGGGCGGUACAUUUACAGCAGUUAAAAAAGAUGCAGCUUUCUAAAUUGGCAUGUAAAAUGAGUGCUAUUUGUCAAUUAAAGAUAUGCGAAAGAGGUCCCUUUUUUUGUCAAAAAUUGGCAAAAGGGUAAAGGGUUGCACCUCGGGGCGGAGCCUCCCCUUAUGAAAUUUUGUUGAGUACUUUCCCCUCUCCUCCUCAGGCCUUGCUAAUGUGUUAACGUCUUUAGUCCAGAAUUAAAAAACGUUGCUUUUUCCUUUAGGGAAAGUUUGUCAUUGUCAGAGCCCAGGGAAAAUGUCAUCUGUUCCCACUGAAGUCAAUUGCUCAUUUCCAGACAGUCUCUGUUUUAAGUACAGUAAUAAGAGCGCGAAAGAUGGACAAUUCACCGCACAAGGGUGUAUAUCAGUUGAACUAUGCAGAAAACUUGACAACCAAGAAGGCUUGGAAUGUUGCCAUGGUGAUUUGUGUAAUACAGGUGAGGCGGGAAAAGCUCAAAAUCCAUGCUCUAAAGAAUUACAGUUUGGAUGCUGUGCUCAGUACAUAAAACCCUAUUCAGUUUGACCUCACGUUAGGUUGUUCUGGAACCGACUGGCAACAAUAAUGUUCAUAAUAAAGUUCAAAGCGCACUCUGGUUGGUUGAUAAAGCGUGCUCGAUGAGAGCUUAAUAGCCGGAGCUAAAGCUGUCACGUCCUGCCAAUAUAGUUUAUUUUACGUCUCGUGUUCGCCCUACACAUCUUUUGUGCUCUUUCCGCUUCCUGAGUGCUUUACAACAGAGCAAAGCACAAUCAAAGCUUCUUUAUCUGUUAAUAAGUACAGUGAUGGAAGAUUUUAAAUUGUUUUUGGCAAAUCAGCAGUGUAUCAAUCAAAUAAAAAAAGGUCUAGGAUUAAAGAAGUUUAGAGACGUGAUGAUGUGAUAUUACAUAUAGGUUACGUCAACCCUCUGAUUAAUGGCCGAGUCAUCAUCUUGAUGACUUUCAUCAUGUUUAGAAAAGUUUGAAAGCAGGACUAAAUUGAAUUAAAAUCAACAGAUAGAUACCAAAAUGAUUGAAAGUUUUUGAAUUGACCACCAGGGAAAUAUUUCACUGAUUUUCACUAUAUAGUUAUCGGUAUUUAUUUAUUUUAGCAUAUUUAUCAAUGAUCUGCGACAUAUAAAAAAGUUCUUAAAAUGAAAAUAAAAAGUCCCCGAAUGUUAUCCUUUCUUAAAGGGAAAUAGCAUAUAUUUGUCAGUAAAAGUGACUAGGGUUAGUGAGUUCGCCGCAAAUUUCUAGGUCUAAUUGUUCGAAAUUGUUGUUUUUCUCCGUUUCAGCAAUAUCCUGCUAUCGAUGUGAAAACAGUUCAUCUCUUGAUGAAUGCCAAAAUAACCAAGACGACGUAGAUUGCCCCAUACCUGUUCAUUACUGCGCAAGAAUUAGGUAUGAAUCGAGAACGAGAGAGGGCAAAAUACAAACGACAUAUCGCAAGGGAUGUGUUACCAAAGAUCAGUGUAAUGCUAAUGCAACCAGUGGAAAGAUUGUAGAUUGCUGCAAAGGCGACAAGUGUAAUACAAGUAAGAAGAAAUUAUUUUUUAUCUUACGAAAUAGCAUACUUUUCAAUAUCGUUCCCAGGGACCUCUCGUUUUCAAAUGGCGGCGGCAUAUUGGAAAACGAGAAGACCCUUGAACGAGGUUCACGAGGUUUUCAUAGUUUGAGUCUUGUUUAAAAAGAGGCAGCCUAGCCGUAAGUGGUGUAGUAGGGAUGAUUAAGACUUCAUUUUUGCGGUAGAAAUCUCAUUAAGUUGCGGGGGAAUACAUUUAUGCCAAUAACAGCUUAGAAUUUUGUCUUUAUAUCAUGAGUUAAAUGCGUGGUAAUCUCAUUAAGACAACAUGGAUAUCUUAGGGUGGAUUAACUGGUUUGACAGGUUAUAGAUUAUUCUUAGGUCAAAGAAUGCCUUGGUUUUUGAUUGGCUAACUAAAACCUAACAAAAGUAUUCAUUGGUUUAUUCAUGAUGUUGUCGAAGGAGUAAGCGCUAACUGGCCUGUGACUUAAUAGAGACCUUCUGAGUAUUGCUCACGCGUGAACCAGCGUCAUUUUGGCGGGAAAACGUGAUAGCUGUCGUCAUUCUACUACGAGUUUUAGCAAGAAUGUCGUAGUGGCGGGAAAUAGUAAUCAAAUGUAAGAGGUUUUAUCAGUUUUGCCGUCGGGAGAGUGCUUAACCUCCUUCAGUAUAAACAACCGUACUAACUUUUUUAGUGAAAAAAGACACCCCAGAAACUUUCAUUUUGAUUUUUUUCAUUUUGACGCACAAAAACUUUAAGUUAAAUCUCGUACUCGCUCUCGUCCUCAAAUCUUAAGCUCUUUAAGAUCACUGAGUCGUGACGUAAUUAUACAAGUUCAUUUCCUGUCGCUUUCAUUGUGCAUUGAGGAAAACGAAUUGUUCCAGCUCUGGUUCACCGAUUCUUGUCACGAAACUAGUGCAGAUUACUGAGGGCGAAGGUAAACUAGCUCUUUCUACCACGAAACGCAUUUUUUCUUAAUUAUUAGAAUGUAGAAUGUAGAAUGCAGUGGUAGAGGUGACGGUGGCGAUGGAGGGAAAACAAUGGAAAUGUGGUGAAGGACGUUGUGGGAAAAGAAAAAAUUGAGGAGGCGCGAAAUAAAUGAAUUGUAGAGAGGCAGGAAGUGGGGGAGAAGACUUGGGAUGGAAUCCAUUGGGACCAUUCAGUCCAGAUGAUUGAUCUAAGUAACUCGUAAUGAUGCAUUAGCGGAACCAAUGAAUCCACUUUGGACAAGGAUUCAUCGGUUGCUUUGAUGCACUAUGAUCAGAGUGAUCUCGGGUCACCGAUCCUGAUCCGGAACAUCCCGAAAGAACGCAACCUUAUGCGGUUACUUUCCUCGCAAUUCUUGCAAUAGGCUAAGGCGAAAAAAAAUUCAACUCGCCGAAAAAUUCACUUUUUCUUUAUCUCAGUUAGACAGUGACCCUUUUUAAAAAAUGUAUUUCGUCGCUAUUUUAGACUCAGGUCCGCGGUGCUACGAAUGUACAGAUCCUGUAAAGUUUGAAGAAUGCGCAGUAGGUGGGUGCAUUUUCAACGAUGGAAAGUGUUAUUACUCUGGAGAGCAAUAUGGAUGCAUUCAACCACAAUAUUGCAAUAAAAUUGCCGAGGAUGGAAACUUCAUACACUGCUGUGAAGGAAGUUUAUGCAAUAAAGGUUAGUAAAAGAGAAAUACUAUAUUCUUUAGUAUGCCAAUGACGUGUUUUAAAAAAUAAUUUGCGUUUGUCAUUCGCCGCUUUAGAAUCGAGAAGGGAAGUGGGCCGAGUUCUGAGACUCUUACUGGGAUUAGUAACAGUAACAAUCCCAGAAGCCUUUGCGAAAGUUAGCUCGGUCCAGUCUCCUUCUCGUUUCUAAAGUAGUGAAUUGCACUAUUGCUAAAGUGUACUUACAGUGGAUUGGAUAACGAUAUGGUUAACGGGCAAAAGCUUGCUGAUUCCCCUGGGGGGAGGAGUACUCACCAAAGUUUUAUACGGGGAGGCUCCGUCCCGAGGUCCAAACCCUUACCUUUCAUAUUCGAUUUUUGACAGAAUUGAUAGCCCUUUCGUAUACUUUCCAUUGACAAAGGGAAGUACCCCUUUGACAUACCUAGGCUACAACUUACUUAACAUUACAGAGUUUUGUCAAACAAAUAUAUCUCUAAGCGUCACGUCAAACGUUACAAAAAACAAAAAUCAACUUUGAAGAACCGUUAGCGGCUUACAAUUGUAAAGCCGUUUCAGUCUUAUUCAAGUUUGCCCAUCCGUUUCUCCUUUUGUAUUUCCUGUGUUAUCCAUAUUGACAAUUUUUCAUGUUUUUUCAGAUGUUUUGAGCGGUUUAUUUUAUGUUUUACUCAGUUUGGUGAUGGCUCCCACUGUUUGAAUUUUGAUUAAUUCAGUGACACAGCUCCUUUAACUAUUCCUUUGUGAUCAGAUAUUUCAAUCUUUUCUUUUCUAUUUCAUUCCAAAAUUCGGAUCAAUCUGGGUUUCUGGGAAACUGCCCACCUACCCCUCCCCUAAGCCAUAUCACUUACUUCUCACUUAGGAUAAAAUGUUGGCUUAGGGGUAGGGGUAGGCGGGCAGUUUCCCAGAAACCUAAAUUGAUCUCAAAAUUUCACAGUUAACAAACCCAGGAGUAGCAAGGUGAUUUACAUAUCUGUUGGUGCUGCCGUCGCUGUGCUGCUGUUGGGUGGUACUAUUUUCAUCUGGUGCUACCGGAGAAGACGAAAAAAGGAGGUUUAUGGGUUUGUAAAGUUCUACGUUCUUACCGUAUAAAACAGGAGCCCAUAACCCGGAGCGAACAACUUCCAUGCGCUUGUGUGACGGCGUUUUCACGGACCAGUUUAUUUUUAGAACGGUUUUGGCGCGAAUUUUGGAUAUCUUUUAAAUUUCACAAAACCAGUCAGCAAAACCUACAGACCUAAAAAUGAUAUUUUCUGCCUUUUAAUACAUUAAGUUUUUUUUUUUAUAUCUUAUACUUCGAGUGGGCUCAUAGAUAUGGUGGAGAUUUUAUUUUCGCAGGAAAAGUGCCCUAAAAUGUGUCUAAAAAUGAACUGGUCCGUUAAAACGCCGUGACAUAGGCCUAGUAUGGGAGUUGCUCGCUCCGGGUUAUGGGCUCCUGAUAAAAACAUGCUAAAAUUACGACAGCUAUGUUUACAUAAUGUAGUACCUUAUUGAUACUUAAUUUCGAGGGUACUUGAAUUCGAGAUUUUGGCGAGACAGUAUUUCGCGGGGUUUUAUUUUCGCGAUUUCAAUAGGCAACUAUGAAACUGAAAGGGCGUAAAUUUCGCGAUUCACCAGUUCUCGACUAUCUAAUAUAAUAUUUUUCAAAAAGUAUCAAGUAUUAAAAAUUUCUAGAUAAUGGAUUUGUACGAAUCUCAGAUCAAGAUGAUAGUUAGGUUUCCUACCGGCAUAUGUGAAAUCCUUACAAAUUUACGUAACGUUUUAUAGAACUUACCUGUAAAACCAGUUAACAAUUUGGGUAUGUGUCGAUACAUAUCCUGCUGCAUGUUGGUGUUACUACAAGUUAAUGAUUUUUCUCUGGGAUUUUAGUUCGCUUGUUUAAAUUUCGGGAGGAUUUUUAUUCGCGGGUCUUUAAUUUCGCGAUUUUUCUACAAUCGCGAAAAACACGAAAUUUAAAUUUCGUACCCAGAGCUCAACCUGUCUUACGCUGAACCAUUGGCCGUGGGAAAUCUGGGUACGAGAUGAGCUGAUUGCAAAAGAAAGAGUGUUUUCUUGUCUUUCUUUUUUUUUCCAGAUCAUAUCUUUCACAGCCAUCGAUCAAUCCCCUGGACGAGGGGGAAAUUCUUCACGAACAAAUAGAAUUGCAAGGGUAAAAAUUUUGAGAGAGUCGAGGCACACAGGAAGUUGAGUCGAACAACGGUUUGUUCCUGAGCUUCUUGGUUCUUCUAAGUUCCAAGAUGUUUCAAGCUUUUUUAAGAUUACAAAGUGGCAGUAUUUAUGCUAAACUAUUAAGAUAAGUAGUUUUUAAGAAAGGUCAAUAGUAUUCUCAUGCGUAAAAAUAG